GGCUUUCCAGGAUGCAGCUGCUCUCUCAACUGUGUUCUAGACUCAUUCAACAUGAAAAAGAAGAGCAAAAAACAAAGGAAAAGGGAUGAUAUCAAGCUCACAGUCAAGGGUCUACAUGGUUGACCACCCCUCCAAACACGCUCUCUGAACAUUCAUAUAAAGUUCAAUCCUUUUCUUUUCUUUCAUUUUACUCCACAAAAUCAAAUCUUGCUGUACAAUUAGGUUUUAUAUUAAAUUGUUUUUCUACCUUCUUCUUCUUCUUGCGUUUUAAAUUCAUGGCAAACAACAAUACCGCUACCAAAGUUCGGUUUGUGAGAUGCCCAAAGUGCCUUAAACUUCUUGCUGAGUUUUCUCAUAUUCCUGUUUAUAGAUGUGGUUCUUGUGGCAUGGUUCUCAAAGCAAAGAACAUCAGUCCUUUAGGGCAAAAUCAAAGUCAAAAUCAAAACUUGGUAGAGGAAUCAAUUGAUAACUCUGUGGAAUUGAAUGAUAGUGAAAAUAGGGAGUCAUUGGAGAUUGAAAGAAUUGGUGUUAAUGGAGGAAUUAAAGGUGAAGAAUUGAUUGAAGAUCCAAGAGUUACCAUUGGUUCAUCAGAAGAGGAUUGCAAUGUUGGCAGUGGUUCUUUCUCUAGUGAUAAUCCAAGUAAUGGUGUUCCUAACAAGUAUAGGCUUAUGUCCAAGAGAACCUUCAGAAACGGUUCAAAGAGAGAUACAGGAUCGAUUUCAAAUCUUAGUAUUUCUAGAAUGAAUAAUCCUUCAUUUGAUUCCGAAGAUUUUCAUUCUGUGCAAAACUUGACAGAAGUGAAUGUUGAUAGACAACCAUCAGUGAAAUGCCAGAAGAUUGGCACUUCAACUGAAUUCAAUAGUCUUGAGUUUGAUCAUGUAGAGUUAAUGAAGAAGGUGGAUGAAAUCAGAGAUAAAGUUGAUAUUUUGAUUGAUAAAGCAGUGAAUAAAGAGCGAAAAUGGAACGACAAAAGUGAUAGAAAGUCCAAGUCUUUGCAACAAGUAGUACAACAUGUUCAUUGCAUCAAUUGCCCGCCUAGAGAAAUUAAGCAUUUCUGUUCGCAUCACCGCAAUGCGUGUUGCCACCAUUCCAAAGAACAGAAUUCACGGCAGCAUAAAACAGAGAGAAAAGAAGAAGACGAUGAGCAUAAGAAACUGAACUUGAAGCUGAAAAAGCCGGCUAAUUCGAAAGUAUAUUGCCUGCCAGUUGAAAAAGGAGCACCAUUUGUUGUCUGUUCCGAAUGCAUGAAUGUGCUACAUUUGCCACCUGAUUUCCUUGUAUCGAAGAAACGAUGGCAUAAAUUGCAGUGUGGUGCUUGUUCUAAAAUUCUUGUGUUCACAUUUCGUGCGAGAGCUCGUGAAGGCUCUUCAUCUGCUGCUGAAGCACAACAUCCACCAACAGAGGCCUCGGCAUCAAAUUCAAAUAUAUCAUAUACAGAAGAGCAUCAGGAAUUUUUUUUAGACAAAAGUUAUUCUUUGGAGACCCAGCAGUUUUUAUGUAUGCCAAGGAAUUCUUUGGAGAUAAAUAUAGAGAGAAGAUAUUCAUCACUUCAUCAACUCAUGGGAUACGAUUCGGCCAGUGAAUUAUUACGUGUGCGCAGCUAUUCAAGCGACGAUUAGUUGUUAGAGCAUUUCGGCAGAUAAGAUUUGUUCGAAUAUUCAUUGUUUAGACCUGUGUAUGAAUUUAUAUAUAUGUUCAUUUGUAUAUAUUAAUCUCAUAUCAUUAGAAUUGUUCAUGAAUAGAACUUGAGUUACUGAGAUUGUAUUA